UACAUCGGUGUCCACAAAUGGAUUGUGAACCAUCUUGAGCUUCACAUCCAGUUAGUUCUCUGCCUUCUCGAACUAGCGUCGUUCGACGAAACCCGUAAUUGUUAUUUUCUGCGCGGAUAUCAAUUUCUCGGUCUGAACUACAAUUUGGGUCAAGCAUUGAGGUUUGGUGUUUGUUUAACAUAUUUUCAAACGUGGGUCUUCUUUUGGAAUAACAGCAAUUGUACGCUAUACUAUCGUCCUCCAGACCAAUGGAGAAAAUGUCCAGACCUGAUCCUUUAAACUCAUCUUUCCAACCUCCAACUAAUGGCGUACUGAAAUCCCUGUUGGAGAAUCCAAUGAAGCUGCCAUUUCAUCAUGAAGAAGGUUUUGGAAAAGAUGAGAAAAAGUUGGAUGAGGAAGGCGGUGCCAAUACUCCACAGUCGGCCUUCCUAGGGCCAACCCUGUGGGACAAGACCUUGCCAUAUGAUGGGGACAACUUUCAGCUAGAGUACAUGGACCUGGAAGAGUUUCUGUCAGAGAAUGGCAUCCCCGCAAACCCAGCUCAGAAUAACCUAAACCAGCCACAGCAGUCCCGGCAGCCCACUAUCCAGCAGGUUUCCCCUGCACCCCCCAUACCCUCUGUGGUCGACCUCAAUAGCCACGCCACUAUCUCUGUUCAUACAACCAUGGUCUCCCAGAACUGUCUCCAGAGCCCCCCAGCCAGAGCAGUGCUGCCCUCAGCUGCCAGGAACACCCCCAGCCCCAUCGAUCCAGAGUCUAUUCAAGUACCAGUUGGCUACGAGCCCGACCCUGCAGACCUGGCUCUGUCCAGCGUACCUGGACAGGAGAUGUUUGACCCCCGAAAACGCAAGUUCGCCCCAGAGGAGCUCAAACCACAGCCCAUGAUCAAAAAGGCACGCAAAAUCUUCAUCCCCGAAGAUCUCAAGGAUGACAAGUACUGGGCCAGACGCAGAAAGAACAACGUAGCAGCCAAAAGAUCACGAGAUGCCAGGCGACUGAAGGAGAACCAAAUUGCCAUCCGGGCUGGCUUCCUAGAGAAGGAGAACGGUGCACUUCGCUCAGAGGUGGCUGACUUGAGGAAGGAACUGGGUCGCACCAAGAACAUUGUGGCCAAAUACGAGGCUCAGCAUGGGCCCCUGUGAACCUCCCCAAACCAACAUCCACGCCACACCCUUCCCUCUUACCCCCUCACCCAAGAGUUUAAAGGACAAUGUGCCUCCCUUUUGGUGGCACACCCCCCCCCCCCCCCCCCCCCCCCACACACACACACACACACACACACACACACCCACACACACCAGCCCCUCACCCCUGUACAUUAUAAUCCUACAUGAUUCUAUCAUUUGGAAUUUGAAUUCUGUCACUGGCAUCCGUUAGUUUGUUCCUUCUGUUUUCUCACUCACCCUUCAUGUACACACAUGUACAUGGGGUAUGAGUAUGUAUGUACAGUAUGCACACACACUUUCCUCUUUCAAGUACUAGAAGGCACUUUGAGUGUUAAUGAGCCAACAACCUACUCUCCGGAUCCCUACCCUGUCCCCUCUUUCCACUGUUCAUUUUGUAAAUGAUGCCAUGCUGUUUGUUUUCCCCCUUUUUCACCUGUUUUAUACAUGUGAUCAGGACUGAGAGCUGUUGUAAUGUAUCUCCCUCCCCAUCCUUAUGUUCUUCCAGUGCUGUUUUCAGAGGGAUUCUCCUCCUACCUAAGACCCUGUUCCUGUCUGUUGUUAUGUCCUGUACCUUCCUGUAGCAUCCUUUCUCAAACGGUUUGUACCAUACAUUCGUAUUGCAAUUUGUUUAUGUUAUUGUACUUCUGUUAAUAUUAUACAUUUUCGUGUCCAUUGUUGUUCUAUUGCAGAGCUGUAACAUCAGUUCAUCACAUCAGGACUAUAAGCUACUCUUGUGAUUUUAAUAUUUUCUUGUUAGCACUUAACCUCUCUCUCAAACCUCAGUAUAACUGUACAGUUGGAAAGAAAAACCAGCGAUUCUUUUCUAUCACACAUUGAGCAAUAAUCUUUUCCAAAGCUAUAUUAAUUCAUGCUACCAAGUUUUUCCUCCCACACCGAUUCCCCAAUCAGAGCACCUCUUGGUCUCCAGUAGAACCCACAACCCUCUAGUCUCGCGUUGCACGGCACGGUCAUUUUCUGUUGGGAGUUGCGCUAGCUAGCAUGGUGAUGGUGGACAGAUUUCCCACCCUGUGCUCAGUGGUCUCUCUGCUGCAGCCUGUUCCACAACCACAACUCCGCUAACCCUCUCUGCACCAAUCUUCUAACACGUGUCACAAUCUGCCCUGGUGCAAUGUUCCUCAGUCUAAUCUGCCUGAUAUUUAUGUAUAUUUUCUGUUAAGGACAGAUGAAGUUUUUGAAAUAUUCAAUUGUUAAUUGUUAUUAUUAUUAUGGCUUCUAUUUGUGUCGUUGAUGUUGUUCUUAUUAUUAUCAUCUCAUGGUUUUUAUUUGAAUAUUUCGGCAUGAUUUCUCAGAACACAAACCUCAAGCUAAUCGCAAAGUGGUUGAAUUAUUUCCUUUUUAUUUAGCAUGAUUAACAAGAGUGGUUCUUUUAAUAAUCAAUAGAGAUAUCUGUAUUUUUGUAGAUAUGUGUUUGCCUUCUUCUGUAAGAUGGCUGUAUGAAUGUAAAAGAUGUCGGGGGAAAAAAGUAGGAUGGUGUUGUCCAGUACUGUGGUUAUCCCAAACAAUUAGUUUACUACAAACCAAAAGAUUCAGUACAGAGAUGAUACAUUGGUUAUAAGAGAUGUUUAUAUAAAGAUAUUCUAUAUGGGGGUUUUUGUACAGUAUUUUUCCUAUACAUUACUGGCUAUGUAUUUUAAAGGCACAGAAUCCAGAAUAUUAUUAUUAUUAUUAUUAUUAUUAAAGAAUACAAAUACAUUACUCAAAGAAAGCAAAACACUACUAUAUUGGUUAUCUUAACCAUAACAAUGUGGUAGUAUUACAGAGAUUCCUCCAAAUCCAGCAGCAGUAACGGAUACUGUUGGGCAUUAUUGGAAAGACACUCCUGUAUCCUGGUGAUAUACUAUAGAUUUAGCCGUCAGUAACCUUUAGUUCCUUGUGUCAUGGAAUCGUAGUGCUUUAAGCUCGAGUCUCCCCAACGUUAACAUGAAAUAAAGUUGUGAGUAUGGAGGACGGAAUGUAUGGAAUGAUCUUUAAUCGAUUUCUGAAGAGACCCACUAUUGGGUCUCUAUUGCUAUUGAUUGUCAUCGAUGUCACCACUAGGUGUCUCAAGAAGAUUCCUGUAAUGGGUCCCUUCACUCAGCCAAAAUAUGUCACCGGAGUCCUUUGAUGGUAAAACUGAAAAGGUUUACCUUUAGUCAUAUUCUGAUAUAAACUAAUAUUUGGAGCCAUCUAUGCUCACUAGUUAGAACGAUGUUACAAUGAAGGGGAGGGCAAUUUCAGGUUACUGUAGCUGCUGUUUGUCUGCUUGUUCGACCUUCGCAGUUCUAGUAAGCCCCACUGCCUGAGUGAUAUUACUCUCAAUGACACUACUGAGUUCUCUAUUUCUGCUACAAUACUUCAUUAAAUUCACAAUUGACCAAAUACAGUGUAGUGUUCCCUACCUGUUGCAGGUAGAGCUAUGUUUUGGCUGUAGAGAAAUGGCUGAAGAUGGUUUUCCUUAUUCACAUUUCUAUAGCCCAUCCGUACAGAUAUGGGUUUUGUUAGCUGUGUCCAUGUACUUUAACAUGCUAUUCUGUACCAUGGACGUACCAUAUGAAAGAAUAGGAUAAAGCCAUUACCAGUCCACACAUUGCCCACAUACCUUCCCGUAGAGUGACUUCACUACCUCACCCAUGAAUGGAAAAAAGUAACCAUAAUUCUGAGUCUAUUCCAGUGCCUUGAAUACACUGACUGUUCCUCAGUCUCUCAGCGACGUAUUGUCAUUAUCACCACUUGAAUAGGUUCAGAUCUAAUGCAGCAAAUAUUCUAUAUAUUUACAAUUGUCUUUUUACUUAUUUAAAACACUACAAUUAACUAAUUACCAUUGUAUUAAUGGCAACACCAAUGGACUGUUUCACAGAGGGUACAUAGAUACACAAUGAAAGGAGUAUUCUGUCUUGUUUGUCAUGGAAUGAAUGCAUAACAUAUAUUCAGGCCUUGGCCUCCCGAUCUGUAAUUCAUAGUGUCUAAUAAAGUAUUUUCUGUUUCUUUUGA